AUGGACAUUGACAAAUAGUUAGGGGCAAUCACAGCAGAGUUUUGGUCUUAAAUAGGCAAUACUAGCACAAACAAUUUAGUUAUUAACUUACACUAAAAUGACAUUCACACCAAUUCAUUAUCAGCAAAUGCUCCUCUCUCAUUACCAAACGAGUAAGGAGAUUAAAAUGAUGAAAACAAGUUGAUGGAGGUUGAAAGCGAGGGAAAUCAAAACUAAUUGAUGCCCUUGAUUCCAUAAGAUUUAAAAGAAAUUGAUGAAAAAAUUGGUAGCCAUCAACAAACUCUUGGUGACAUUAUCGAUGAAACAUUAUCAAAGAGCAGUAAAAGCACUCCACCUUAAAAAUCUAUCAGACCUAGAAAGAAUAGUUCUCGCAUCCAGCAAUAGAAUUCAAAUUCAAAUUUAUUUGGUUCACUUGGAGCAUUAACAAAUUUAACUAGUAACAAGAAUAGCUCAAAUAAUGAAAACAACUCCGUUUGUGACUGGCUCGAAAACUAAGAAAAGCAACAAACUCUUGACAGAGAGGAGAAAGCUAUAUAAAGAAAAAAAGCAAACAACAAAAAUAAAAAGUGGACCCCACAAGAAUUAUAAAGGUUGUAUGAUUUAUUAGAAUGCUUUGGAACUGAUUUCACAACCAUCUAACAGUAUUUUGACAAGAAAACUGUUACCUAAAUAAAGAACAAAUUCCAUAAAGAAGAAAAAGAUAAUCCUCAAAAGAUUAAGGAGCUUCUCUUCUGCAAAGGAUCUUAAAAGAGACUCCAAAUAAAGCUUGAGAAUGAGAGAGACUUUUAAACUUUCUAGCAAUAUUACAUAGAUAAGUAUCUCCAUAGCAAUUUAAACAAUUUUUUGAAUGAUUCAUCUUCAAACUCUUCAACUCCAUUGUAGUUGCCAUCUCCUUUAAAUUAAUCUGUUGAAAACAGCAUUCCUGAAUCUAUAAAAAAUAAUAACUCAAGUUAAAACAAUCAAUAAAGUUUGAUAUCACGUAUUCCUGCUUGUAUUAGUCUUCCAUCUGAAUCCCUUAAGGUAAAUUAACCAUUUAUAUGUCUUAAAUUUUUAUGA